AUGAUUAUAGACACCUUAUCCUCAGGAGUCGGGAAAAUCCCUGACUUUGAAGUUUCCCAGAAUGUCUUUCUCAUUCAACAGGGAUAUGGAACCAAGGAGAUCUCCGACAAAGUGCUCGAACAAAUCGAGAAACAAGAAAUGGCUCCUUACUACUACUACUUGACCCACGAGCUAAAGCUUCCUGGUUUCAAGUUCGACAAGGCUUUGUACGACAAAUUGAGCAAGCAGAAUGCCGAUAAGGUUUCUGAGCUUAAGAAGGAGCUCGAGAAACUGUCGGAGGACGACGAGGGCGAGUUGGAGAUACUCAAAGUUUGGACUCAGAUUGGAGACUACUAUGCCGCCAUUGGAGACAAGGCUAACGCAUUGACCACUUUCAAGAAAACAUACGAACUGGCACCAUCCACGGGAUCCAAGAUUGACUUGGUUUUAACGAUUGCACGUAUUGGUUUCUUUUACGACGAUAAGGUGUUCACCAAGAAAUAUUUGGACGAAGCAAAUGCAUUGAUCGAGAAAGGUGGAGACUGGGAGAGACGAAAUCGAUACAAGACAUAUUCCGGAAUUUACUUAAUGUCCACGAGAAAGUUUGAAGAGGCCUCUAAAUUAUUGAUUGAUUCGUUGGCAACCUUCACAUCCACAGAAAUUUCCACUUACGAACAAGUUGCCCAGUACUCUCUGAUUUCUGGUGCGAUUGCGCUCGACAGACCAGAUUUGCGCAAGAAACUGAUUGAGUCGCCAGAGAUUCUCACCAUUGGCACCAGCUCUCCGGAAUUAGCUCCGAUCUAUGGCCUGAUCAAGUCCUUGUAUUUCUGCGAAUACAAGGACUUCCUCCCAUGUUUGGUCAAGACCCACGACGAAAUCUUGGUCAAGAACAAAUACUUAAAGCCACACACAAACUACUACCUCAGAGAGCUAAGAUGCAAGGCAUACUCUCAACUUUUGGAAAGUUACAAGUCGCUUUCGCUGAAGUCCAUGGCUGACACUUUUGGUGUUUCUGUUGAUUUUCUGGACAACGAUUUGUGCAAGUUCAUUCCAAACAAGAAGCUGAACUGCACUAUCGAUAAGGUGAACGGCAUUGUGGAGACCAACAGACCAGACAACAAGAACAACCAGUAUCACUUGCUGAUCAAGAACGGAGAUGCAUUGUUGACCAAGCUGCAAAAAUACGGUGCAGCAGUGCGUUUAAGUGGUGCUGAGAGAGUUUAG